GGCCUUAUUGUGGAUUUAGCUUUAUACAAACAAAGUGAACACGUGUUCUGUGAUGGCUUCUUUUUGCACAAGUUUGUAAAUAUUAUAUUCGAAUCUCUGCAAUGGCUAAACUUUGCUCGUAUUAUACGUUGUCACCUUUAAUUGACCAACAGAAUUUACUUGGUGUUGAAAAAGAUUCAGGUUCUGGAUGUGCAGUAAUCACACUUGGAAAGAAUAUCGUAAUUCGGUAUAAGUUGCAAGAUGUUAAGCAAGUCAGUAGUUGGUCCACAAAGGAAAGACUUACAAGCCAAGUUAUUUACGAUCCAACGACAAAAUUAUAUUCUGCAGUAUUCAAUGAAAAAUACAUUAGAGUUUGGCUAGAAGAAGAAACAGAACUUGAUAAGGUGAAAAAGAAUAAGUUUACUCUUCCUCUUCAUAGCAUUCUUAUAUUGGAAGGAUUUCCACCAGUGGUAUUGUUACAAAAUGGAAAUACUGCGUCAUUGGAAUGGGCUCUUAAAAACAAGCAAAAUUGGUCUUGUAAAGAAAUUCUAAAGCCCAAAGAAACUUUAUUGAAGUCGCAAUUGGUUAAUGUCAAUUAUAAAUCGUACCUUUGCACUCUGACUAAGCUGGACAAUAUAUUUAAUUACAUUUUAAUGCCACUUGAAAAUGACACAUUCUUAGGAGAAGCUGACAAAAUUAAGCGUAUAGAAUUAAAACGUGAUUUUGAAACUUUAGUUGGACAUGUCGUGAUGCAGGACAAAAAAAAUGCCUAUCUCUUAACACUGUGGUCAGAUGGUAGAUUGUACAGUUACUCUUUAACCAGUACAUCAUCAAUAAAUAGCCCAGGCGAAUUACUUAGUAAAAUUACAAUUAUAAAUACAAAAUAUCCAGUGGUAAUUAUUUCCUUAAACGAAACGACUAUUGCCCUGUAUGGAGCCGAUUCUUUGGAGGAAGGUGCUGUGUUGAGUAUUUACAAUGUACAAUUCAAGUUAGUGCAAGCCGUUCAAAAAUUGAAAUUAUACACAAAUGAUGCGAAACUCUGGAAAGUCGAAGAUAAAUUAUUGUUGGCUGCAAAUCGACAUUUGGCAGUUGCUCCUUUCCGUUUGUCACCACAGAGAUUAGAACCAAUGGUUGGUUCUUCAUUAAAUCAUAAAAAUAAUGAUUUUGAUGAGACAAACGAUGUUGAAGUUAUUAAAACUAGCGAAGGAGUAAUUUCAGAAUGGGAACAACAGGCAGUAAGUCCUGUUAAACUAGACGCGAAUAAAUUGACAAAAUCUAUUUUGAAACAUGUCUCUCAUUUAACGAAUGAAGGUUUCCGAAAUUCUGCCAUACCUGAGGUAAUCAUUCCUGAGUUAAUUGAAUCCAAAGACAUUUCUUCGAUAUUGUGGUGCCUUGACAAUUUUCGUGAUCUACCGGAAAAGCUGUUAGUAGACGUACUAUCAUUUUCUUUAAGAACCUUGUCUGAUGACAAUGUAAAUUUUUCAACAAAAAAUUCAGACAAUGACGAGGAACCGUCGAAAAUUGAGUCGAAUAUGCAGAAAAAAUUUUUAAACAAAAUUUUUAGUUCAACAUAUACUGACAUUUAUUUACUGAUGCAUCUAAAAUUGAGUUUAAGUUUUGAAGAAAUUUUGAAACUGUUACAAAAUCUUGUUGAACGAUUAGAUAUUGAGGAAAAUUCAGACCAAAGAUUAGUUGAACCUAAUUUUCUGCAAUUAUAUCAAUGGACUAUUUUGUUACUGGACUCUCAUUAUCAAAAUUAUCUUUUAGCUCGAGAUCCUCAGAUAUUGAAUCAAUUCCAGAAUCUUCAAGUCAUUCUCGAUCACCACUUUCAGUUACUAAAGGAUUUCGAAAAUUUAAGGCCGAUGUUGGUUAGGAUUUUAAGAGGAAAACCUAUUAAACCGACAGCACAAGAUUUUCAUAAGUUUUAUUCGAUAGAAGAAGUGAAACUAUAUUAAGUUGUAAUUAAUUGAAUUUUAUUGUCUUUCAGUAUAAAAAUCAAAUAUUUUUAAAAAAAUAA